AUGUCUACGAAAGGUAGCAUCAAAAAUGGUAAAGGAUCUUACGAUUCGCUGGCUAUUAAUGCUGAUAAAAAGGACGAAGAUAAUGGAGAAAUUAAAUUGGAAGCUAAAAUGUCACUUCUCAAUGGAAUAACUGUUAUUGUUGGUUCAAUUAUUGGUUCUGGGAUAUUUGUCAGCCCAACUGGUGUUAUAAUGCACACAGGAAGUACUAAUGUCGCUCUUAUUGUUUGGACUGCAUCUGGAAUUUUUUCGAUGGUUGGAGCUUACUGUUACGCAGAAUUAGGAUGUAUGAUUAAAAAAUCUGGAGCAGACUACGCAUAUAUAAUGGAAACAUUUGGACCAUUUGCAGCAUUUAUCCGUCUUUGGGUUGAGUGUAUGAUUGUAAGACCUUGCAGUCAAGCAAUUGUUGCUCUAACAUUUAGUAUUUAUGUUCUUAAACCAUUCUUUCCGGACUGUUCACCUCCGGAAGAUGCUGCAAGAUUAUUAGCCGUUGUUUGUAUAUGUACGCUGGCAUUUGUAAAUUGCUGGGACGUUAAAUGGGCAACAAGAGUUCAAGAUGUUUUCACAUACGCAAAAUUACUGGCUCUACUGGUAAUCAUAAGUGCUGGUGGAUAUCAACUUUGCAAAGGACACACUGAACACUUUAAUUUCGACGGGAGUAAAACCGAAGUAACCUCGAUAGCUCUGAGUUUUUAUUCUGGUUUAUUCGCUUACAAUGGCUGGAAUUACCUGAAUUUCAUAAUCGAGGAGCUCAAGGAUCCAGUUAAAAAUCUGCCCCGAGCUAUUGCAAUUUCUUGUACUCUCUGUACAGUUGUCUAUGUCUUAACGAACGUGGCGUUCUACACGACUUUGAGUCCCAAACAAGUACUCUCUAGUGAAGCUGUCGCCGUUACGUUUGCGAAUAAACUUUUUGGAGUGAUGGCCUGGACGAUACCGGUAUUCGUUGCCCUCUCGACAUUUGGUGCUGUCAACGGAAUACUAUUGACUUCAUCUCGGUUAUUUUAUGCGGGUGCUUGUGAAGGACAAAUGCCGGAAAUUCUUACGAUGAUACAGACUUCGAGAUUAACUCCUGCUCCAGCUGUCAUUUGCAUGGCACUCUUAUCAAUGUGUUAUUUAGCUUCAUCAAAUAUUAAUGCUCUGAUAAAUUAUGUUGGAUUUGCAACUUGGUUGAGUAUAGGUGUAUCGGUAUUAUGUGUUCCCUGGCUAAGGUGGGCCCAACCAAACCUACCACGACCAAUAAAAGUAAACUUGAUCUUUCCAAUAUUUUACAUCCUCGCGACACUAUUCGUGACUAUCGUUCCAAUGUACGCGAGUCCUGUUGAAACGGGAUAUGGUUGUCUAAUGAUAUUCUCCGCCGUACCUGUCUACCUGUUGUUUAUCUCCUGGAAAUCUAAACCUAAAUGCUUUACAAGUGCAGUUGGCGCAGUCACUCAAUACUUGCAGAAGACACUGAUAGUCGUUGGACCAAAGUCUCAGGGGGAUAGCUACUGA